CGUUUUAGGCUUAGCAGUGGCUGGCACGAAUCUGGCAUUCCCAAAGCGGGAAGUGUGUUGUGAGGAAGAUUGGCUGAGUGUUUCUUCAGCCAUGAAUGUCAAGCAACACGUUCCCUUGCCACCCCCAAUUAACACGGGAACGGGAACGUGUUUCCCGGGCCGAUACUCCCCCACCUAUCGGAGUGCCGACCCCAUGAGAAGACACUGCAUGGGCAAUCCAGGGGGAAACCUCUUCCCGACGUUCGACGAUGGGCUCGUCGGACGGCCCGAUGGCCUGACGAUGGACAUCGGAAAGCACGGUCCAACUGGUGGACCAGGCCUGCACAUCAAGCACGACGUGAUGUAUGCUCACCACCCGGGCAUGGGCCCAGGCCACGCUGGGGCCAACACAAGACCUCACCAUACCCAGAUGGUUCAUUCUGGAAUGGACGCCAUGGACUUGCUCGACCCCAUAUGUCCUUCGUCCCUCCCUCCACUCUCGAUGCCAAGCGAGAGCAGUGCCGUCAGUUCCCAUCCUCAACUACAUGGACCCAUAUACUCACACGGUAUGAACACUAUGAUGGCCACUCAUCACCAUCCUCUUGCCCCACAUCCUUCCAUGGGCAUGCACGACGCUGACACCGAUCCUCGCGAGCUAGAAGCAUUUGCAGAGCGGUUCAAACAGCGGCGCAUCAAACUCGGCGUCACGCAGGCCGAUGUGGGCAAAGCCCUUGCCAAUCUCAAACUGCCCGGAGUGGGCUCGCUUUCUCAGAGUACAAUCUGCAGGUUUGAAUCCCUCACACUGUCCCACAACAAUAUGGUGGCCCUAAAACCUAUCCUGCAAGCUUGGCUCGAAGCGGCGGAAGCACAGGCCAAAAACAAGCGGCGAGAGCCCGACGGUCCAAGUGUUCUCCCCAGUGGUGAAAAGAAAAGAAAGCGAACGUCCAUAGCUGCUCCAGAGAAGCGAUCGCUCGAAGCCUACUUCGCUGUGCAACCCAGACCCUCAGGCGAAAAGAUUGCCGCGAUAGCAGAGAAAUUAGACCUCAAGAAAAACGUUGUUAGAGUUUGGUUCUGUAAUCAAAGGCAGAAACAGAAAAGAAUGAAAUAUUCGGCUCAGCAACAUUAG